AUGUCAUUGUUGGACGCACCUUCACUGCCAUCCACGCCAAUGCCCUCGGGUCCACCUCCAGGCUUAGCCAAUAAUUCACUUUACUCCACUCCACACUCAGCACCCAUAUUGCCUAGCGACCCAUUCCUCAGUGGACUCGUGACCAACACAUCUCAUAUCCCUACAACAAUUAAUACUGGCUCUGCAAUUAAUGGGCAUACCAGCGUGACUCCUCACUGUUCCCCUUCUGGACCUGCUCCUUCUCAAAUUCCACCUCCUUGUCCUGUGCCGACGCUUGCCCCUCCUCCUCCAGUGGCUCCAAGGAGGCAGGGACCGGUUCGUGCUCAUACCGUUCCGGCUCCAGAGGUUGGUCGGCGUUUGCAGAACCUCGACUUGGAACAUAUGGAAGAUGUUUUUGACGAUUCCUUUGAUCCACGAGCCAAUAACAAGUCAAAGGAACAGAAGGAAUAUGACCCAUUCGGUGAUGAUUUUUUGGAUGAUGUUCUACGAACUGGUGACGCCGCAAGCCGUGCUACCAUAACUCGCGCCGACGCUUUGCAGCCAACAGCAGACGAUUUUCAAAAGAUGAUAGACAAAGUUGACAGGAGGUGA